UGUUGCGUUGAAGGAAAAUCAAAACAUUCAUGGAUUAAUUAAUUUUUUAAAUAUCUAAGGAUGUCUGCAAACACUGAAGAUGUCGGUGACCCUCCCCCAACUAAAAGACGUGUGCGACGUAGGCCAACCAUAUGGACCCGCGAGAAGAUUUCCAAACUAAUCCAGCUAUACCGAAAAUCGGAUUGUUUAUGGAACCACUACUCGGAGUUGUAUAAAAACAAAGACUGCCGUUCUAGGACAAUUGAACACAUUUGUUCCUCCCUUGGGAUCACCAAAAACGAGUAUGGGAAGAAAAUACACAACUUGAGAAACCAAUUCAAUUCAGAACUGAAAAAGUUGGAGCGUCGCCAGGAGGAGACUGGUGCCGACAAGACGUGUCGCUGGGAGCAUUUCAAAUCUCUAAUGUUCUUGCGGCCCAUCAUUGAACCGAGGCCUGGAUAUCAGCCAAAUGGCCCAACGCAAUGCAAGAAAUUGAGUGCAAAACUGGAGGGCGACCAAGAGGAGGACCCAUCGUCAGUACCGAAAUGCCAACUCGAGAUCGCGGAAAAGCGGGUUACUGUUGCGGACGAAAGUAUGGCGCCGCAAAUUCAAAGUAUAUGUGAAAAAAUUGAACCGUCUGUUCCUGAAUAUGUCUCCGCCAUCCUAUCUGCAUCGACAACAUGCACUAGCUCUGCUGCCACUCGACAAGUGGAUGCGGCAGGAGCAGUGUCUGUUCCGGCACAAGUCAGCAUUGGCCGGGACCAGUGGGACUCGUUCGGUGAAUUAAUAGCCAAUGAGUUUCGCAACUUGAAUUCGGACAUUUCCCGCAAGAGACUUAAGCGGAGAAUAAUGCAAGUUAUGCUGGAAGUCGGUGAAGAGGACGACAGAGAACAGGCUGGACCCAAUAGUUGAUGUACACGGUGAGCUCCGUAUUGAACAAAGACGUGAAGCAGUAUGGCAAGCAAUACAUGUUUGAUCAGAACGAUGAUACCUCUUGGAGCUCAGAUGAG